UCUCCCUCGUCUUUGGACUUCGGCGAAUGAUUAUCAUCCCUGUCUGUCAUUUUCCAGAUUCUCGCACCAAUUUUCUUCGUAUUCCUCAAAUGCAUAGCCUUUUUUCAAAGCCGUCCUGUAAGAAAAACUGAUUGUGUUGAGGUGAGCGGGACGAUGCGGGGUUCCAUUGCGAAUUUGAAGAAGAAUCUGAAUAGAAUCGCUCUUGAUAUUCACGACGACGAUGACGAUGAUGCCGCCGCACUUUCACUGUAUAGAAAUUCAGGUGACAGAGCCCAAAAUUCAUCAGUAACGCCCGCCGAUCGUAGGAUUUCUCGAAAUCUCUCUCCUUCCAAGUCGACCACGCAUCGGCAUUCGCCCAUCGCCAAUGGCUUCGAUUCUUCAUACGAGAACGAGAUUUUAAAAAACAAAGCAGACAUCAAAAGACUCCAACAUUCUGAGGCUGAAGUUAAGGAAUUGUCAGUUGACUAUGAUGCAUUGUUAAAGGAGAAAGAGGAGAAUAGUUGUCAAUCUUCUGGUCAACAACAUAAACCUAUAGUGAAAAGUUACUCCAUAGGAAGCCCUACGAACAUUCUGGAUUCUCCCGGUCAUGAUGUGAUCAACAAUGAAACUCUUUGGUGCAGUGAGAAUGAGCUAGUGGACUUUAUGGAAGGGAAAAAUAGAUUGCUCGUUUCUACACAAGCAGUUUAUGAGUUGCGAUUACAAAAAUUAACGAUGGAGCUUGAUAAAAAAUGCAGAAAGCUGGCAAUUCUUGAAAACAAAUUACAAGAGGAGCAAAAGCUGAAUGCUUCUUUUGAACAGGAGCUGAACUCUUUAAAAGUUGGCAAUGAUAAUAUGACUUUAGAGUUGAAAAGAAUUCAUGAUGAGCCGAAUCAGAAAACAUCAGAAAUCCAGCAGUUGCAAAUGGAGCUUCACACAAGAGAUAAUGAAGAAACAAAUGAACUGACGGCAACAAAUUUGAGAAGAGUAAUAGUGAGACUGCAGAAUGAAAACAGCAAUCUUAAGACUGAGAAAGAAAAAUUGGAGGCUGCCUUGAUAGCAUCCCAACUUUCACCUGGCCAGACAAGUCUACCUGAUGGUAAUGAGACAAAGUCACCACCAGUAUUUCCCAAGCAAGAAGAAAUGGAGAAAUCAUUGCAAAAACUUGAAAAUGAUUUGAAUGAAAUGUGCAAAGAGAGGGACAAAGCACUGCAAGAACUUAAUCGUCUUAAGCAGCACCUGCUAGAGAAGGAAUCUGAAGAAUCAGAGAAAAUGGAUGAGGAUGGCAAGCUUAUUGAACAACUACAACAAAAUAAUGAAUACCUAAGAGCUCAAGUAUUGCACUUAGAGACAGCUGUUAAGCAGUCAGCUACAAGUCAAGAAGAAGUUAAGAGUUCUAUUGAUAAUGAAUUGAAGAAGUCAAAGGAAACAAUUGAUGAGCUGAAUGGAAAACUGGCAAGUCGUUUGAGUGUUAUAGAAGCUAAGAACAUUGAAAUCCUUAACCUGCAAACUGCAUUAGGACAGUACUAUGCAGAACUUGAAGCUAAGGAACGUCUUGGAGAAAAACUGACUACAGCGAAGGAAGAAUUGACUAGAAUUUCCGGGCUUUUGAAGGAUUCUCAUCAACAGUCAGAAACAUUGAAAAGGGAGAAGGUUGAAGUAUUGGCUAAGCUUUCAGAUGCGGAGAGGAGAUUAUCUGACAGGAAGAGCAGAGUGAAGAAGCUUGAGCAUGACAAUGAUAAACUAAGCCGUGCUCUUGAGCAGAGCAUGACCAGAUUGAAUAGGAUGUCAUUGGAUUCAGACAAUUAUGUUGACAGGCGAAUUGUGAUCAAGUUAUUGGUGACUUACUUCCAGCGAAACAACAGCAAAGAGGUUCUGGAUCUUUUGGCCCGCAUGCUUGGAUUUUCUGAUGAAGAGAAGCAAAUAAUAGGGAUUGCUCAACAAGGAUCAGGUAAAGGCGUUAUUCGGGGGGUCUUGGGUCUCCCUGGCAGAUUAGUAGGAGGCAUCUUUGGCGGAGGCUCAACCACUUCUAAUAUGACUCCCAAUACUCAGAUCUGUGGGUUGAUUUUCUUCUUAAAGAGACUGAAGAAAGAGAGAGAAGGGAGGCAGCUGAAGAAUACAAGGGAGAUGAACAAGGUGAGGAUGUUUCUGCUACCAUGGAACAUAGACCAAAUACUUCCGCUACGUCCUUAUCUUCAUUACAAAUAGAUCCUCCGGAACACUCGGAUUCAGAGUUCUCAACUGUACCUCUCACCUCUCCUGCCACAUUUUCUAGACUGCCAAGCCAUUGACCAAAAUUUUUAUGUUUUCUUUUCUCUUUUUUGGAUCGACAUAGUAAUAUGCAAGUCUUUUUUGUUCUACUUUCCUUCUGAAUGAGAACCAUGCCACUGUGUUGGUGGGUAAGUUCU